AGAAAGCGGGACCUGCCCUCCCGUCGCCAUUUUUCGGUCUCGUACUCGCACUUCUGGUGGCUCGGGUGAGGGGGGGACGAGCAGAAAUAAGGGAAAGUAUAAAAUAUAGGAUCGCGAAGCGAGGAUCCCUCGUGAGCAGUCGGGAAUGCACGCGAGAGCUACAGCGUAACGUUCUAGCUCCUGAGAUGCACGCGCUGGACAUAAGCCGCUGCUGUGAAAUAAUUUUUUGUGUGAAGACGUGUUGCGGGCCGCCAUUUUUUUUGCUGUGCUGCCUCAAAAGUCUGCUCUGACUCGAGAAAGGGAUUCAAAAACGCAUUUCCAUGACGUGUGCCUUACCGCAAGAUAGAGAAGAUAGUAAGAAAUCAUUUCGUUUUCGACCCCCGGCUACUGGCAACCUUUUGCAGACAUGAGGACACAUCAGAAGAAAAACUGAGGCCACCUUUUCCGUUUCUCAUAACUGACACUGAGUGGAGGAGAUAAAUUAUUAGAAGAGAAGCCUGGUGUUUUCUCGGAAGGCGGAACGAAAAGGGGAAGCUUCAUUGAUCAUUUGUUGCUUCGGCCUCCGUCGAUGUUUGUCAAAUGUCAACCGCUCGGUUUGAUUCGUCUGAUCGGUCCGCCUGGUAUUUUGGACCCGUGUCACGACAAGAGGCACAGAAUAGGUUACAAGGACAGAGACAUGGCAUGUUUCUUGUUCGAGACUCGUCGACCUGCCCCGGUGACUACGUGCUGUCAGUGUCUGAAAACUCCAAAGUGUCUCACUAUAUCAUCAACUCCUUGCCCAGCAAGAGGUUUAAGAUAGGCGACCAAGAAUUUGAACACCUCCCUGCUCUCCUGGAGUUCUACAAAAUCCACUACCUGGAUACGACCACUCUGAUAGAGCCGGCACCCAGGUACCCAAACACAGUGAGUGGUCCCAUCCAGCCCAUGGGUGGGCCAGAGGAGAACCUGGAGUAUGUGCGGACUCUGUAUGACUUCACUGGCAGCGAUGCAGAGGACCUUCCUUUCAAGAAGGGGGAGAUCCUAAUCAUCCUGGAGAAGCCAGAGGAGCAGUGGUGGAGUGCCAAAAGUAAAGAAGGGCGUGUCGGGAUGAUCCCUGUGCCCUACGUGGAGAAAGUGGUACGACCUUCACCCCACUCUGGCCAGCCUUCCCAUGGAUCUCGCAACUCCAACAGCUAUGGGAUCCCCGAGCCUUCCCACGCACUCGUCCAUGCCUACGCUCAGCCCCAGACACCGUCACCAUUGCCCCCUGGCACACCUGGAGCAGUUAUCAGCCCUCUACCGUCCAUGCAGAACGGCCCUGUGAUGGCAAAGGCCAUUCAGAGACGAGUGCCAUGCGCCUAUGAUAAAACAGCUCUUGCUCUAGAGGUUGGUGACAUCGUCAAGGUUACACGGAUGAACAUCAGUGGUCAGUGGGAAGGAGAGGUGAACGGACGGCGGGGUCUCUUCCCAUUCACCCAUGUCAAAAUCAUAGACCCCCAGAAUCCAGAUGAGAGUGACUGAUCUUCGACUUGAGCCUCUCGCCAGUAUCAACGUGUACCCGAAUCUGCUGGCUGUCUUCACCUUUCCUGCCAGUGUCACCGCGGUUACGUGCUUGCCUGCUUGGGGCUGUAACAUGAUAGCGACCCCUCUGUUGUUGCCAACCAUUGCAAGGCUUUCUGACUGUUUACAGCUUUGGACAUUGGAUCCAAACUAAAACCUGACCCCACUUGUCUCGGUUCCCUUUCCCAUGUCAUGGUUCCAGGCUGGGCAGUGUUUUUGCAUUAGUGUCCUUUUCAUUUCCAGAUCACUGGGCAUCUCUGUGUGUGUGUGUGUGUGUGUGUGAGUGUGAGUGUGAGUGUGAGUGUGAGUGUGAGUGUGUGUGUGUAUAAGUGCAUGUGUGUGGGGGUGUGCUCACAAUAGAUAUUUACCACAUUACAUCACAACAUGUCUGUUAUUUUAAUUUGAUUUCUCUGAACAUUUGUUAUGUAUGAAGUCUUGGGGACUUUAGAAAGUGUUGGUGUGCAUUUGUUUUGUUGAUGUGAGGAUAUUUGUACGAAGUAGGGAAAAGCAAUGUCCCUAUGGACUUGGGAGAGCACUGAGGCUAUGAGGAGUUAACCAGCCAGUCAAAAUGUAUUUCUCCAAACAAUACAGGUCACUGUUGUACCUUAACCAUCACACAAGCACACACAUGAACACACACUUAUUGGCCAUGAGGUAUUCAGGUUGAUGGUUCUGUGAUGUGUAUGUGAUGUGUGACUGGAGUCAGGAGGAAGCAGAGGAGGUGGGUUUCUGAAAGAUGAUCUUUGUAAAUUGACAUUAUAGAUCCCAUGAUCCCAUCCAACCUGGCACAAGACUGGCUGACGAGACUUAUUUAUCUGUUGUCAAUAAGACAUGACACAGCCAUAUGUGAUUUAUCUUUUUCUUAUUUGUGCCACAUGAUCAACAAUAGUGUUCUGUUUAUUUGUUGUUUUGUUUUUUGUUUUGUUUUUUUUGUGACAUGGAGAAGAUGUAUGGUAGAGGGGAAAUUCUGCAUGUCCACUUGGUACCUCUCUUUACUGUCAUUCUCAUUCUUUUGAACUAAAAGGACAUUGCUUAGAGAUUAGCAGGUUUUUAGUGCCAACAACACCAAGCACUAGAAGAUAUAUUUCAACUUUUUGCAUAGGAGUGCCAAGCUUUGAACAGGUUUCCAAAAGUCAAAUAGCAACGGCAGUAGCCCUGGCCAGCACUUCCCACGAGCAUCUGACUACAAGGCUAGCGAAAAACGCAGCGCGGGCACUUGGACUUUCCACUGAGGUCAGAAGCUCCACUUUCAGUGGCGUAGGUCAGAGAAGGAGGGGAAUGUCUCAGCGAGCCAAUGAGAUCCCAUUAAUGCCUUUUUCAGAGAGUAAGAUAAAUGCAUCUUUUAGUGCAUGCAAUCCCCUCUCUAACCUUAUGUUUUUAAUGUGACGUUCCUCCUGUCAAUUUAGGAUUUCAACCUGCUUUAUUCCUUUAAUAUUCCGUCUGUGCACAAUUUUUGACUCUUUUUAUGCAAACAGACUCUGUCAGAGUAGUGGUGUGCUGCAACCAAUUCUGUUUGAUCAGUAGGAGCCGAGGAUUAAACAGUUGUGCAAACAGUGCCGAACCCUAGAUUUCUGCUGUAAAAAUGAACUAUUUCGCUAACUUGUUUCCCCGCCUAGUGCUCUCUGUUCAAAUCAUUGCUCAGCCGUUCACUCAGAGUAAUAUUGUGCAGCUUUUAGUUGUAUCCCAGUUUUGUUCUUGUUUUUUGUUUUGUCAAUUUUGUAGUUGGCUAUUAAAUCAAGCAUUUUUGUUAAAAUGAGUGAUGUUAUUAAACAAAAGUACCUAAGGUGACAUUUACAAAAGGGAAAAAUGCCUGCUGGUUGCCUCUGUGCAUGACCUCUUGGCUGGGGAGAUGAUUCUACCCAGCCAAAUGCUGCUUAAUGUCAUUUAUUUCCUUAUUAAAUAAAGGUUUCUCUUAGUUUAAUGCCUCUUGGUCUGGCAAACAAACCAGUGUGGGUUUUCCUCAUCAAACAUAAUGACAUCUACUAAUUAAGCAAUACACCCUGAUUAGUUCCAUUCUUGAGGUGAACUCGCUUUUGUCAUGCUUCUGAGUUGUUUUGUAAUGGCAUUAACAGUAUUACUGUGCUCUCUUCUCAUAUUCUAGGAAAGCCCGUCUUUUACUUAAGAAUUGAAAAUUGUGCCUUUUAUUUUCUUAUACCAUUUACAUGUGUUAAUAUUUCCCAUGGUUAACACCUGUGCUGGUAUUGACCCUUUAUGUACAGAACAAGUAAAUAAAAUUUACGUCUACUUCUUUAA